UAUAAACUCUGGCAUGUAUGUUUGUUUUCUUCUCCCAUUAUAUUAUAUUCAAAGCGCGCUAUUUUAUUUUAUUUCUUAACAAUCCGUGGAUGCUCACUAGCUAGACUUAACGGAGAAUGGAGUAUGGCGGCGGCGAGAAGAAAGAUAUAGCGGUGGCUAACCAGCAAAACAUAAGGUGGGCAGACUUUUCUGUGAGGGUCUUGGCCUUUGCGAACACCUUUGCGGCGGCGUUAGUUCUGGGAGUAGACAAGCAGACUAAGCUUAUAGACAUACAGAUUGUCUCGACACUGCCGCCGGUGAGUGUUCCGGUCACCGCCAAUUGGAAAUACAUGCCUGCCUUCGUGUACUUUGUGGUGGCGAAUAGCAUUGCAUGUGCAUACGCAGCUGUUUCUCUGGUCCUAAUGGUGGUGGCCAGGGGACAAAAGAUGACAUCAUUGUUCCUCAUCAUAUCAGACCUACUAAUGAUGGUGCUUCUAUUUUCCGGCGUCGGAGCCGCUGCCGCAGUUGGCCUUCUGGGUUUCACCGGCAACUCUCAUCUGCAGUGGAACAAGGUGUGCAACGUAUUCGGAAAAUUUUGCGCUCAAGUUGGCGGUGCUAUAUUUGUUUCCUUUGCCGGCGCCACCUUCUUUCUGUUGCUUGUUCUACUUGCUACCUUAAAGCUUCACAGUAAUAAUAAGCAUCAUUAGUGAUAUUGCGGAGUAAUAUAUACUCCGUGUAUGAUUAAAUGAAUUAAAUAAGUUGUGAUUACAUUUACAAAAAUGAUGUUUGUACACACUCUUAUACACACUUUUGUACACAUCUAUGUCUGUGAAAGCUUUUUUUUGUCUGUGAAUAUCGAUUCACAGACAAUGUUUUGCACAAACAAAAUAUUGUCUGUGAACGGGAUUUACAAACAAAAAAAAGCUUCACAAACAUGGUGUGUAUAAGGUGUGUACAAGAGUGUGUAUAUCAAGAAUUGGUAAUGUAUCUUGUUGGGUUGAUACUACAUCCGCUCCAUUGAAAUUGAUGAGACAUGAUUACGUGGUGUCGCUUUUAAGAAAUAUAUAUAUGAAUUGAUCAUGACUAAAACUACUUCACUUUCUC